AUGGAAAUAUCACCAAUUACUCUCAACCUUCCGGAAUGCGCGCCCAAUCUCAUGCCAUUCCACAUCUCUCACUCAGGGCCCGCACCAAUAUCUACGUACUUUCGGGUCAAGCCCUCGCUUUCUAGCCCGCACCUUUCCCUUACACAAAACACGUCAAACGAAACACACCUGUCUACAGACCACAGCCAGAACACCCUCGUUGCUGAAGAGUCUCAAUGCUCCAUAACCACAAUUGCCGAAUCACAGUCUACUCCAUUAGAGGAGGAUUCUCAGACAUGUCCUGCAAGAGUGGGCGCUAUGGUAGUCGACGCGGAUUCUGGGACUCAAGCCAGCUCAUCAAGUGAAGUAGCUCGCGCGCCACCUGUGCCAUCUCCAGUCGAAGUUGGUAUCAACAAUAGCUUUAUUGCAGCAUUCAGAGGGAGGCAGGUACACGGUCGUACCGCAGACCUGCCACAAGGAUACGGUGGCAUAGUUCUUAGUGCACCAAGCGGUGAUGCAAAGAGUCAGGGUGACGACGCUGGGAUGGUUGAAAAAAUGGCUCAAACAAGAGGCAAGGGUCGAGCAACACGAACAUGCAGCCGACAGAUGGACAUAGAUGAGGACGAUGCGGUGGAUGCAGAUCAUGACGGCUCACAUGUUGAGAUUCGGAGACUAACCCCGGUCUCAAGGUUUUCUUCCUUGACCGUUUGGUCCCCAGACAUACCGGUGGAUGAGGGCAAAGACGAGUAUCUUAGGUCUUUGACAGAGUGGACAAAAUUAGCGGCAGAGAUUCAUGCCUAUGACGCAUAA